UGAGCUGUCAGUCAUGCACGCGCACCUCAGUUCUCAUCAUCAUCAUUAGUGUAUUACACACACGCACACACCGGAGUGUAACAGCUGCUUGUGCAUUUCACCGGGAAACGAGUUUACGGUUGUAAUUUAAUAUAAGCACGUACAUGCGUUUAUAUAUUUAUAUUUAUUCCACUCGCGCUUCCGCAUCGAAGCGCCGCGCGUCAUACGCCUGCGGAAAACACACAACAUAAGAUGAACAUAUGCGUGAACAUCACACUCAUCUGAUCUGAAUCACGGAACCGGUACCGCAGGUUCGUGUCAGAGGAGAGACGAACCGAAACCCCGUGCGUUUAAUGCGCGUCUCUUUUGCACCGUUUUUAUCAUCACGGGACGCGACGCUACUCGGUCUCCCAUCAGCGGCUGCGUGAGAUCAGAAAAGAAAACUUUAUAAGAAGUUCGUGAGGAAGAAGAAGAAGAUGAUGUCCGGGGAUGAGGUUCUGAUCCCGGAUGACGGAGCCUUCAGCAGGUUCAAACAUGAGUGUCAGUGUGAGGAGGGCUGGAGUCUCACCUACAACAAAAACAACAUCUGCAUCUGGAUCCAGGUGCUGGAAGAGGAGAAGCGUUUACACAAGAUAAAGUGUCGUAUGCUGUCUAAGGACAUCUCAGCCGAGACCAUGUACGACGUGCUGCACGACAUCGAGUAUCGGCGGAAAUGGGACGCGAAUGUCAUCGAGACGUUUGACAUCGGCAAACUGACCGUCAAUGCAGAUGUGGGAUAUUAUUCCUGGAAGUGUCCUAAACCUCUGAAGAACCGUGAUGUCAUCACUCUGCGCUCCUGGCUGGCAAUGGGAAAUGAUUACAUCAUCAUGAAUUACUCUGUCAAACAUGCCAAAUAUCCUCCCAAGAAAGAUCUAGUGCGAGCCGUCUCCAUUCAGACAGGUUACCUGAUCCAACGGACCAGCCCGACCAGCUGCACACUAACAUACCUGGCACAGGUGGACCCGAGAGGUUCUCUUCCAAAGUGGGUCGUUAACAAGUCUUCCCAGUUUCUGGCACCCAAAGCGAUGAAGAGCAUCAGUAAAGCGUGUCUUCGGUAUCCUGAGUGGAAGCAGAAACACAGUCCGGGUUUUAAGCCGUGGUUGUUCCCGGAGCAGAACCGUCUGUCCAGCAUCCCUCUGUCGGAGCUCUCCAUCCAACACGCCGAUUCCCUGGAGAACAUCGACGAGAGCGCGCUGAGCGAGAGCAGAGACGAGCGUCCCGAACACAGCGAUGAAGACGCACCCAACUGACACAACCAUGUGACACACACACACACACACACACGUGACCAGUUCUUGGUCAGUUUCCUGUCAGAUCAGCACAUUUAAGAGAUAAUUCAGAUUCAGUUGGGCGGAUGUAAAUGAAAGGAUGAUUUCCUGUUCCUCAGAUUGACCUCUGACCUUAUGUAAGCAUGCAGUUAGUCUCCAGACACACAGAGGGGGCUGGAGUGUUCUACGACACUAGAGUUCAAUAUAUGGAAGUAGACAUGAAGAAUAAUAAAAGUCCUGCCUGUGUUUCUGUCUUUGUGUUCAUUGAAUGCACAUGUUUGAUUGUCCACAGAUUGUUCUGGAAGUUCUGGUUCAUUUAUAAUAGAACGACUUCCUCACUCAUUAUUUUCACAUGCUGUGAUUCACACAGAAGUUUGCAGCUGAUUAACCUUUGACAACAAUCACGAGAUUUCAGCAAAGCUCGACUCAAUGUCCUCUGAAGCAAUGCAGUCAGUGAGAACACACCAAAAUAUUACAAAAUAUUACAAAAUAUUACUGUCUCAUUGUUAUCAUGACUGUCACAAUCUGUUCUACAACAUAAAUUACACUCAGUUAUAAUGACUUUGUGUUUAUCUGAUAAAUCAUGUGAUGUAUUUAAUCAUUUGCACUUUAAGUGUGUUUAUAUUAUUGAUAUUUCUGGAUGCAACUUUUGUGGUAAAAUUAAAACUUCUCACU